CAGUGGCAAACGAGGCAGCUUUGGAAUUGGUAAGGAAGGACAAAUUGAGAGAAGUGAAGGCGGGGCAUGAUGGAACAUGGGCAGCCCACCCGGGACUGAUCCCGGCCAUCAUGGAAGUCUUCACCAACAGCAUGGGCAACAAGGCGAACCAAAUUCACACCGUGAAGCGUGAAGAUGCGGUUAACUUGACUGAAGAAGACCUCCUUCAGAGGCCAAGAGGAGUACGAACCAUGGAAGGCCUCCGUCACAACACCAGGGUCGGAAUCCAGUACUUGGCAGCAUGGCUCACGGGAACUGGUUCCGUUCCCCUUUACAACCUCAUGGAGGAUGCGGCCACAGCUGAAAUAAGCCGAGUCCAGAACUGGCAGUGGUUGAAAUAUGGAGUUGAAUUGGAUGGAGAUGGCCUUGGUGUGAAGGUGACUCUUGAGCUCUUCGGGCGAGUAGUUGAAGACGAAAUGACUAGGAUUGAGAGAGAAGUUGGCCAAGAAAAAUUUAAGAAAGGAAUGUACAAGGAGGCUUGCAAGAUUUUUACCAGGCAAUGCACUAAACCAAUGUUGGAUGAUUUUCUGACCCUUGAUGCCUAUAAUCAUAUUGUCAACCACUACCCCAAGGGAUCAUCCUCUAGGCUCUAAAUUUUUCAUUUUGCUCGACUGGCGAGUCUUGUAGUUAAGCUCUUAGUUCCAAUCUGUCUGCGUACUCAAGGGCCAACAUUCGUCUGAUCCGAGGAAAUCUUUGUACGCCAUGGGAAUCAGUAGUUUUAAGGCUCUCUUUGUUACAUGUUUUAUUCCAAUUCUAGCACCAUGUCUGUAUUGUGAGUACUACUUCUAUUACCAAUAAUAAAUGCUAUGAGCUGGUUUUCAACUGUUUAAA